CCUCUCCGGCUUCCAGAAGCGGUGAGUGUGGGGGGGAGCCAACAGGGAGGGGUCCUUCCAUACCCUUCCUCCUCCUCCUCCUCCUCCAACUCCUCCUGCCACCCGGCGUUGUGCAGGCAGCGAUGGCCACGGGAGAAGUGUCGAAGAAAGCGUCGGUGAGGAACGUGUCGGUGGAGAGAAAGAACCUCAUCACCGUUUGCAGAUUCUCGAUAAAGACGCUGUUGGAGAAAUACACAGCCGAGCCCAUCGAUGAUUCAUCCGAGGAGUUCAUCAAUUUCGCCGCCAUCCUCGAGCAGAUCCUCAGCCACCGAUUCAAAGGCUCUGGCAGCUGGUUCGAUGGACAGAGGAGUUACUGGGACUACGUCCGCCUUGCAUGUGCCAAAGUCCCCAACAGCUGCAUCGGCAGCAUCGAGAGCAUGGAAAACAUCAGCACCUCACGAGCCAAGGGCCGAGCCUGGGUGAGAGUCGCCCUGAUGGAGAAGAGACUGUCUGAAUACAUCGUUACUGCUCUGAGGGACAGCAGAACAACCAGGAGGUUAUACGCAGAAGGAGCCAUCAUGUUGAGGGAGGAAGCCACAGUUCUUACAGGGAUGCUCAUCGGUCUCGGAGCCAUAGACUUCAGUUUCUGUCUGAAGGGGGAGGCCUUGGACGGGAAAUCUGCGGCAGUGAUCGAUUACACACCGUACUUGAAAUUCACACAAAGCUACGACUACCAGAGUGAUGAUGACGAUCAGCACAGUGUCGACAGCAGCAUGAGCGAUGACAGCGUCCCCGAUCACCCCUACAUCCCCCUGGUCACUGACGAGGAGAGCUGGAGCACAAAGUGUCGCAAGAUGGAGCAGAGGUUCAAGAUUGUCAAUGCUCAGAAGGGUUACCUGGAGGAGCUUGUGCGCCUGCGUGAGUCCCAGCUGAAGAACACGGAGUCGGAGAACAAGAGCCUGAAGACCCGGCUGGAGGAGAUAAGGAGCCAGAGCCAUCUGGAGAAGAAGGAGCUGGAGGCCGUCAUCCUGGAGCUUCAGGAGCAACUGACAAGCUUGAUUCCAUGUGAUUCCAAUCAUCUGGCCAAGAACCUCUCGAUACCCCUGAUCAACGAGUGGCCGGCACUGCAGCCGUACAACAACCAAGCGGACGUCAAGCUGUUCCGCAGGAGGAGCUUCCCCAGCACGGAGCUGCUGUCAGUGGAGCUCAGCCUGGAUUCAGACUCUCAUAGGACGGGGAAACAGAACGGAGACUGGUGCACAGAAAAGGACUACACCCCCUCCAUGAUGGGCCUGUGUGGGUCCUUGGCCUCUAUCCCGAGCUGCAAGUCUCUAAACAGCCUCAAGUCCAGUGAGUGCCUGGUUGACAUCAGCACAGAAAACAGUCCUGCGCUCUCUCCCAGCUAGGGGGCGCCAAAGAAAAACUGCCAACCACUCAACAAACAGACAAUUCAAAAAACAAAAAGAGGACUUUUGGUAGGCGUAUACAAACGCCUUGUCUUUUCGCGGCCCUCGACUGCGUCCAGUUACCUUUUACGCUCCGAGCACGGCACACUCUCUAGCUACACCUUUCAAGCGUUUGAGGAAGAGUGGCCUCCCCGUCUGGGACUGUCCCAACAAAGACGCAGGGAUCAGCUGCUGUGCUGCCCGACGGCCUCCCUCACUUUCACUGUCUCUCAUUGUCUUGACAUGAUUAAGCCUCCUGGAAUGCAAACAACUGGUUCAUGUUUGACCUCUCUUGCAUCACCACACUUGAUUUUGUGCAAUGGCAGUUCUGCAUCUGUACCGGUCCCACUCGUCCAAUACUCACUGUAGGGGUUGUUCUGUAUGUCCCUGUCUGUUUGUCAGUGUCUUAUCAGUCGUUCAGUGUGUCUGCUGCAAAAUACAGGCAGGUCUGUUGAGCUGUUUUACGAAACAGAAAGAAUGUUUUUGCCAUAUUACAAGAGAUAAAAAAGGGAGGUUGUUGAUGUUAGGAUGAAUGCCAGUAUAGACCUUAUUCAAUCAUACAGUAGGUUAGAUUCAGGUUUGAGGAUGUGACACAAAUGAUCUCUAAGGUUUGCAGGGGCACUACGAUGUGAACAUAAAAAAAUAAAGAUGUAAUAUCUAUUGCAUACAAAUGCAAAAAUGCAUUGUGACUAUGCAGCGUGAAUGUUUUCUUUUUCUUUUUCAACAAACCUGGCUCGAUAGAAUAGUUUGAGAGAAAAGGUGAAUGUGUAACGUGCGUGUGUGUCAUCAGGUUUUUGUCUUAAUUUUUGUCUCCUUGUGAUCGUUACUUUUUUGUACUGUAAUUCAUUUUAUGUCAUGGAGUACUUACCAAUGUGAUUUAGCGUCAUGUAAAUUGCUAUCUCAUGCAGGGUUUGUUGAGAGUUGUGUUAUGAUGUGUUAUUUAAAUCUGCAAUAAAACUGC